AUAUACGAAACUAUGGCCACGGUAUCGGUGGUGGCGCCGCUCUUUUUUCUCACGCCUUCUGGACGAGAAAUGUGUGGUCGCUUCCGUCGCUUCAUCCUUCAGUAGCGAAUUGUCGCGGCGGCCGUUGUGUGCGGAAUGGACGCUGAAUGUGGUGCUGUCAGCUGAUUGUCGGGAAGCAGCGAUGCAGGCUGGCGUGCAUCCCCACGGCAAGCCCAAAUUGCCGCCGCCGAGACGACUUGCGGCGCAUUGUGAAGAUAUUCGGGCGAAAACUAUGCUCAAGGAAGCAGUGGACGCUGUGGUGGACAGUUUUGCCAAACAUUCCAGGGGCUCCAGCCGAGUGAACGUCGUGGAGGCUCUGCAGGAGUUCUGGCAGCUCAAGUGCGCUAGGGGAGCCGAACUGCGCCAUGGCGCUCUGGUCAUAUACGAAUCCGUGCCAGCUUCCAGUCCACCCUACGUGUGUUACGUUACCCUUCCUGGAGGAAGCUGCUUUGGAAGUUUUCAGAAUUGUCCCACAAAGGCGGAGGCCCGCAGAAGUGCAGCCAAGAUAGCGCUCAUGAACUCCGUCUUCAACGAGCACCCAUCUCGAAAGAUCUCAGACGACUUCAUAGAGAAGGCGGUUCAAGAAGCAAGGGCCUCUUUUCAAGGUUUGGAAAGUGGUGGCGUCGAGGCGUUCCGGUUUAUGCUGGAGACGCAGCGGGGCCGAAGCAUGCUGGAGUUCCAGGAGCUGAUGACUGUCUUCCAGCUGCUCCAUUGGAACGGGUCGUUGAAGGCGAUGCGCGAACGCCAGUGCUCCAGACAGGAAGUGGUGGCUCACUAUUCGCAACGACCCUUGGAUGACGACCUUCGAUCUCAGAUGGCUCUCGACUGGGCCGCAAGGGAACAGGACUCCGCGGGGCUCAUUGCGAGGGAACUACAGGCGGCGCACGGGGAAUUGGAGGCGGCGCGACUCGCUGGAAGGGAGCUGCGUUUCCCCAAGGAGAAAAGGGACAUUCUGUUGCUCGCUUCCAACACCGAUUCUUAUUGACCUAUUUAUUGUCUCUUAUUUAUUGGUUUUUUGUAAUAAAGAAUUUAUGAGACGAAAAG